AAAACCACUCAGGACAAGACCAUCAGAACAGCACUGGGCUACUGAUUUGUAUGCUGUGCAUAUGUUCACUGUUCACAUAAUAACAGGGAUUUUAUUAGCCAUACUGUGCGUCAAGCACAGUGCAUACUGUCCUGGGCAUUUUUACUCAACACCAACACUGUGGAGCACCCAUCAUGAGCUUCUGUAGGCUGGGACUCACAACUAUGUGCAUCUCUCUUCAUCAGGCACCUUGUCAAAAGCCAUCCACACUAUGGGGAUAACGCUGCAAGUAUUUGGUGAACGUGUGUGUGUUAAGUACCGCUUAAUUUUCCGCUCAUUGGGCACCAUUUACAAACAGUGGAAGAUCUGUGAAAAUUCCCAUGAGGCAGCACAGCAGCAUCCAGAGGCCACCACACAUGUCUCAUGGCUACUCUCCACCCCGCGAUGAUGGUCUGCACAGGGCUUCUUCCUGGGGUAGCUCCCAAGUAACCUCCAUUCAGCUUUCCUCCUGCUGUUCCAUGGUGCUUGUCUUCCAGCAGAAUCUCUCUCACUUUAACAAUUAAAUGGACAACCCAGGAAACCUACACUUGGAAUUCAGUGAAAGAAAUGUUAGUCUCCUGUGGAGUGUCUCAUUAGGUUAAAAGAAAGUUACUGAAAAGUCUGAUGGGAAAAUGAAUUUCUACAUUUUGCUUAGGGCCCAAAAAGAAUCCCAGAUUUUGUUUUCAUUGAAGUGCAUAUAGUAGCAUUUAUUUUGACUCAGGGAGAUGCAGUUCAUUUUUAAUAUUCACAAAAGCUUCUUGACAUCAGAUCCAAAGCUUGUGCUGUGGAGAUAUGGUUGAACAUUCUCAUGCAGCAUCACUGAGCCAGAAAGCAACCUGAGAAACCUCAGAACUCCAUGUGCGGGAAGAUUCCAUCCGACUUCAUAAAAUAAUACCUGGACCUGAGAACUCUACAUGUGGGAAGAUUCCAUCCAGCUUCAUAAAAGAAUACCCGGAUCUUCAAGGUUGGCAAAGAAGAGAAAAGCUCCUUGGGAACUUAGUUACCAGGUCUCAUAGCACCAGCUCUGUGUCCUCAGAGUCGCUGUCAUCAAGGAGACCUCUCACUGGUCACCGCUGCAGCCCCCACAUGGACCAGUAUGUGUCCACAGCUCCUCCCCGAUUCCCUAUAGCACAGCUUGGAACAUUUAAACAAGACUCUGCAGGAAUGGGACAGAUACUCAAGGGGAAUUUGCUGCAGAAGAAAGCACCUACCACGUUUGAAAAUGAACACCAUAUUCGUUUCUUCACAUUGUUGGUUCUUUUCCAUGUGAUGGUGUUGCUGAGGAUUCAUAGCAGGAUACAAGGGGUUUCUGAAGACUGGAAAAGGGCCAACAGCAUAUUUCGAAAGUAAAAAACUCCUUCUUUCUCCCACUGUAGGCUUUUUGUGUUUUCAACAUACCCAGCCUCACUCGGAAAAAUAAAAAUAAAAAUAAAGCACCCACUCACAUGAGCAGCCAAGUUUCAGAUACCAGUGGGCACAAGCUCUUCCAAAUGUCUCCUGUUCUGGAGAUGUUCACAGUCCUCACAUCAAAACUGAAACAAGCAAACAAAAAAAUAAAAAGCUUACUACCAAAUACCCUAGGAAUAAGACUUAAACUCUAUUUGGAAAUUGAAUUUCUUCCAUAGUCAAUCAAUAUUUAAUAAAGAGAGAAAAGGAGCUCAUUACAAAGACCAUCUUGUUUCUCCACAAGUCAUCUAUGUGAGAUUCCAGAAUUUCAGGGCGAUAAGUUCUUAAUUGGAACAUUAUAUAUUCUCUUUGCAGCCAGUAAGUAUGCAUCACUUCACGAGAAAGCACUGCGGCCAACAUUUCUCCUGGUCUGCUCUGGGUUUCAGUGAAGGGCAGGCCUGAAAGCACCUUGGGAAAUGAGGUAGAGCCAAGCUAACCCUGGAGAGCCGUUGAGCUUACGGAAGGUUGAGUGAUUACGCAGGCAUAGUCUUGAGUUUUAUUUUCAGUUUGAAUACUGAUAACUAGUCUGUACAGUCACAGGCUUACUAUAGGGAGUUUAUUCUACAUCAGCUAUAUUCUCUCUUCCUUAGCAGCACUUAAUGGGUUGGCUGGAAAGUUGUUCCCAGCCAAGCCAAUAUCCCAUGGGUUAUAAAUGACAUUUCAUGCUCAUAUGCAGAUUUUCUGCACUGAAGUGAAUUAUUUACAAGGUAGGCCUUAUGGAUUCCAACAGUCAGCUGCCUGAGAUUUACACCUACCCGUUCUCUCUACUCUCUUGCUGGGAGAAUGUGACGUCUCCCACUGCCGUUUAACAUCUGAAGAUUUAGCGGGAGCUGCCCUUCCUGAGGCAGGUGCUCCCUUGCUUGAGAUGGCAACUGGAAAGGCCAUGCACCCUGGAAGCUGGAAGGUAAACUGAGGCUCUCCCAGAGGUGCUUCUCCUGCCCGGGGAGGAUGCUGUCCGCAUGCAAAUGCACACGAGGAGCACCAGGAAGAAUUUAAGUUCUGGGGAGGCCUUCCUGCCCAUUAACAGGGAUUUUAUUACCUUGGGUUUUAGCUACUUAGUUUAAUAAUUUCUUCCUGAAUGUGUGUGAAAAUCCAAAUUUUCUCCUAAAGGAAGCUCUGUGUUCAGCAGUGUGCUCUGUCCUCUGUGGAACAGAAGAACCAACAUGUCGUUUCUACCUCCCAGGAACUCCAGGGGUUGAAAAGCCUCCCAACUUACAGCAAGGAUGAUGAAAAUAUAAGUAAGAGUUCGGCACCAGACAAAUCCACCAAUGGAACAAAAAAAGCAGCACAGACACCAAGUUAAGUACACAAGGGUCUCUAAUCUAUGAUAAAAUCAGCAUUUAAAAUUAGCAAAAAGUAUGGUUUUUAAAAUAUGUUGAAUGAGAACAACUGACUAUGCAUUUGGAAAAAGUAAGAUGAAGAUCCCUACCUUAUAUUAUCAACAAAAAUACAUGUAUGUUGAAUCAAAGACCUAAAUGUAAAAAUAAAAUCCAAAGAAUACUGGAAGAAAAGAUGGAGGAACAUUUCUGUAGCCUUGCAGUGAGAGUAAACAAAAGGAAAGAAGGGACUUACCAAAUUUUAUAAACUUUCUCCCAAUAAAAACCAGACUAAACAAAAUUAAAACGUAAGUGACAAACAAGGGAGGGAAAACAUUUACAACUGACUAUUAAUAUUCCAUAUUCAGAGAAAUCCAACUCAUUGGAAGAAAAUGACAGACAAUACCCUAAAGGGAUAAAGAAUACUUAUAGGCAAAAAAGAAGUACACACGGCAAAUAAAUCUGUGAAAAGAUGCUCAACCACGGUAUUGAUUAAAGGAAUAAGGAAGUGAAUAACAACAAAAUAGUUUUUGCCAAAUCUGAUUGUCAACAUGUCAUAUAUUGUUAACAUUGAUUGCUGUCAAGGCUGUGAAAAACUAGGCAGCUUCAUAAUUGUUGGCAGGAACAACCAACUGCUACAAACAUUUUGGGGGCAAUUUGGAAUUAUCUAAUAAAAUAUAUUUGCAUACCCUUUGGCCAUGCCAUUUCACUUUUACGGAUCU